UGUGGGUAUAAAUAGUGAGGCCUGGACCACUAAAAGACACACUCAGAGUUCAGCAGCUCUCCCGUCGACAAGCAAUAGCCAGCAAUCCCAAAAGUCCACCGAAUCCAAUCAACAUGAAGUUCUUCGCUGUUCUUGUCUGUUUCUCCGCUGUCCUGGGCAUCGCAAUGGCAGGUACCCCAACCACAACCGCCACAACCCCAACAAGCCCCCCAACAAGCACCUCGCCGACCUACCCAACUAGCUCGUACUCGUACAGCUACCCAUCCCCUUCCUCAAGCUACACCUACACGGACACUACCACAGCGAAGCCAGUCAAGCAGCAGAUCCUGUCCCUGCUGUUCAACAAGAAGUCCGGAUAGAGCCGCCCAGCCGAUCUACGAUGCUGCCACUUGACACGAUCCUCAUCACCUGAAUAGCCAAAUAAAACACCAAAACAAAUACCAA